AUGGAUGUCAACACUCUCUUUGGCGUGCAGGGCAAAGUGGUGCUCGUCACCGGCGGAGCCAAGGGCAUCGGCCGCAUGAUCGCGACGGGCUUCGUGGCCAACGGCGCCAGGGUCUACAUCACCGGCCGCGACGCCGCCGCCUGCCGCGCGGCCGUCGAGCAGCUCGCGCCGCGCGGCUCCAUCCGCGCCCUCCCCGCCAACCUCCAGCACCUCGCCGAGUGCGAGAAGCUGGUGGCCGACCUGGCCGCCCUGGAGCCCGGCGGCCUGCACGUCCUGGUCAACAACGCCGGCGCGACGUGGGGCGCCGACUUUGACACGCACCCCGACGCGGCGUGGACCAAGCUCCUGACGCUCAACCUGCAGCGCGCCUUUACCCUGUCGCAGCUGUGCCUGCCGCUGCUGGAGCGGGCGGCCACGGCGCAGGACCCCGCGCGCAUCAUCCACAUUGGCAGCAUCGACGGGGUGCGCGUGCCCACCCUGGCCAACUUUGCCUACGCCGCCAGCAAGGCCGGGCUGCACCACCUGUCGAGACACAUGGCGCGGGACCUGGGCUUCCGCAACGUCACCAGCAACGUGCUGGCGUGCGGGCCCUUUCGCACCAAGAUGAUGAAGGCGACGCUCGACGCGGUGGGCGACGUGCUGGAGGGGGAGAUUCCGCUGCGGAGGAUCGGCCGGGACGAGGAUGUCGCGGGGUCGGCCAUGUUUCUGGCCAGCAAGGCGGGGGCUUAUUUGAAUGGCGCGCUGAUACGACUGGACGGAGGAGCGUCCUUGGUGGCCAAGAUUUAA